AGGCUGAAUGAAUGAGUUUCUUUUAGACCUUCGUUUCUUCCAUCCCUCCCUUGUUUCCUCCCUCAAAUUGCCACCUCUCUCUUACUCCCUCUCUCCGUCUCCCUCUCAGUGAGAAUUCCUCCGUACCUGUCUGAACAGGGAGAGUUGGAUCGCUGAAGGGCAAAGGAAAGAAAGAAAGAAAGAAAGAAAGAAAGAAAAAGAAAGAAACAAACAAAGAAAGAAAGAAAGAAAGAAGGAAGAGAAAAGAAAGAAAAUCAAGAGAGGGAAAGUAGGAGGAACAAAAGGCCCAUAUUUAAAGAGCACAAACAGGAAAGAGGUGUGUUUGAGACAAUUUGGGAGCAGACAGAGAGCAAGAGACGGGUUUGUCAAGGUAUCGGGGCUUCAGUUUUGCUUUUUUCUGUUCCUUGCUGGGCUGUUUUUUCGCCCCUUUUGAGACCCGUGGCUAUUUUGGUCCGUCAGUGUCGGAGCGGUUUGGGAUGGAUGCCAUCAUGCUGCAGGAAAAACUGGUGGAACGUCUGCUGUGCCCACGAGUGAGAACAGCCAGGCAGAAGGAGAAGCAGUAUGUGGGUUUUGCAACUUUGCCCAACCAGGUCCACAGGAAGUCUGUGAAGAAAGGCUUCGAUUUCACUCUGAUGGUGGCAGGAGAGUCUGGUAUGGGUAAAUCCACCCUGGUCAACAGCCUCUUCCUCACAGACCUCUACAAAGACAGGAAGUUACUGAAUGCUGAGGAGCGCAUUAACCAAACUGUGGAGAUCAUCAAACACACUGUAGACAUCGAGGAGAAAGGAGUCAAGCUCAAGCUGACCAUCGUAGACACGCCGGGCUUCGGAGACGCCGUCAACAACAAUGAGUGCUGGAAGCCGAUCACAGACUACAUAGAUCAGCAGUUUGAGCAAUACUUCAGAGAUGAGAGCGGGCUGAACAGAAAGAACAUCCAAGACAACAGAGUCCACUGCUGCCUCUACUUCAUCCCUCCAUUUGGACACGGGCUACGUCCGGUGGAUGUUGAGUUCAUGAAGGCUCUGCAUGAAAAAGUGAACAUAAUUCCUCUCAUUGCGAAAGCCGACUGCCUCACGCCCAACGAGAUAAAAAAGCUCAAAGACAGAAUACGAGAGGAAAUAGACAAGUUUGGGAUCAAAGUGUACCAGUUCCCAGAAUGUGACUCCGAUGAGGAUGAAGAGUUUAAACAACUUGACAAAGAGCUGAAGGAGUGCACCCCGUUCGCUGUGAUCGGCAGUAACACAGUGGUGGAAGCUCGAGGGCAGAGAGUGAGAGGGAGACUGUACCCCUGGGGAAUAGUUGAAGUGGAGAACCAGUCGCAUUGUGACUUUGUGAAACUGAGGAACAUGCUGAUUCGAUCACACAUGCACGACCUCAAAGACGUGACCUGCGACGUCCACUACGAGAACUACAGAGCGCAGUGCAUACAGGAAAUGACCAGUAAACUGGCUCAGGACAACCGUAUGGAGAGUCCCAUUCCCAUCCUGCCACUGUCCACACCAGAUGUGGAGACUGAGAAACUAAUCAAAAUGAAAGAUGAGGAGCUGAAGAGGAUGCAGGAGAUGCUGAAUAAGAUGCAGCAGCAGAUGCACGAUAAAGACCAGUGAUGUCUCUCCCGGAGCAGAGCUGGGCUGCAGCGCCACCUACUGUUUCUCCCCUGAACGACAGUGAGACCUUCAGACGUUGACCAUGGAUAUCAUGUGUUAGUGGCAACUCUGGCUGUACAUUUAUCCUCAGUUUGGUGCUUUGUAUAGUUUGUCUGCCUGGAGGGUUGUCUGUCAGAGGGUUUUUGUUUUUUCUCUGAAACUAUCCGUUUGCCCAGUUUGAGCCCCUUGCUGUGGUUUAACAGUCUUAACAUAUAUAAUAUAAAUGCGUAAUUUAAAUUACUACUCUGUGUAUCUAAUUUAUAAAUGCAAUGCUAAACUUUUUGGAUAUUUUGUCAGGUUAUGAACAUGUGUGCUACAAGAUGUUUUGUAAAGAAAUUUAGGUUGUUGGUGAUGUUUAAAUUUGAACAUGGAUAUUGUUUUUUAUUAUAUGUUUGUGAGCGUGUGAGUGUGUGUGUGUGUGUGUGUGUGUGUGUGUGUGUGUGUGUGUGUGUGUGUGUGUGUUUUUAAUGAAAUAUCACCAGGUAUCCGUCCAUAAAACUCCCAUUUUUACUUACUUUUGUUAAAAUCCAACUUUGCCCUUGUUAAUUUGCUCUCGGAUCCUCAUAAAUACCUUCAUGUGACAUUUUUUCACAUAUGGCAAGUCAAAAUAUCCUCUCCCAGCAUUUUUUAUAUGUGCUGUCUGAGCUGAAAAUGCACUUAUUGCCAGUGGCUAACUGUGAACGGAGAGCCUUCGACAUAAUGAGGGGGUUGGUGCAGUACAAGGGUGCAUGUGCAAGCAUGCUGCCAUUACUCAUAUCCGCUAAACUCUGUGGGCCUAUUUUUACUGCUUUAUAGCCGAUGCCCUGUGCUUGUAUUUGAAUGCAUCAUGACCUACAGUAUGCUUUGAUUCCACUAUGGGAUGGUAAAAAUAGAUAAAUAAUGAGGAGCAGAUACUGUGUCUGUGCUUCUGUUUUUUCUCCGUGGAAGUGAAUUGCUGCAUUUUGCCAGUAAAGAUGUGUAUCCUGUAUGUGAGAUUGUUUGAGAGAGAGUGUGUGUGUGUGUGUGUGUGUGUGUGUGUGUGUGUGUGUGUGUGUGUGUGUGUGUGUGUGUGUGUGUGUGUAGGCUGAUGCUGAACAACAGUACAUAUUUUGCCUGAAGGCUGUGAGUUCAGCCUGUGCCCCAUUUAUAAAGGUGUGACAAAUAAACUCUUGUUUCUCGUCAAUUUGA